AAUUGUGGCAACCCAGGCUAACCGCUGGAAGCUUGGAAAAUGCCGAAUUUUUCAUACAUUCUGUUGUCCGUUUAUUACAUUCUCGAGUGAAUACGUAUUUUUAUUCAGUGAAUUAAUGACAUUCAAGUGAUUCAACAAAUAUUUACAAUGAAUGAAUUUCCCUUGGGAUAUCGAGAAGUUAUACCUGAUCAAACGCAGCCGGAGAAAUGGAAGGAAAUAACACUGGACACCGGUGGAAGUCAGAGCACCCUCCAGGAUAUAAAAGUCCCGGAGAGAGCAGGCGGUUACUCCUACAAAGAUUCGUACAAGUACUACACUCGCAACCGCUUCAUCUAUUGGAGGAUUUCUCACGACAUUCUCGAACUGAUCGAGCACUCUUUGGAUAUGAAUCUGGUGGGCUGUAAGGUUCGUUACAAGUUCACAGACACACCGAUCCUAGACGGCAUAACGAUUCACGAAACAGUCAACUCGGUCAUUAUUCUGGUAGCAACAGUCUCGAGUGUUCACAAAUUAACCUUCCCUCAUCCAGACAAAAUCCACAAGCAAGACCAUCUGCUGGGCGCCCACCCCGAGCUCUCAGUUCAGUCAAUUUUGGGCGAAGCAUCUAGCCAAAAUGCUCGAGAUCCCCAUUCGUUUCACAUAAUUUCUACUCCAGGCACCACAAAUAUUCCAGUCUCUCAUGCUGCUGCUUCUUGGCUCGUUGUUCCUCACGAAGAAGCUAUAUUCGCCUUCGCCUACUCGUCAGGAAGUAUUUUAGUGUUACGACUGGAUUCAAUAACAGGACUAGUUCACACGAGUGAAUUGAAGCAGGAUUCGAUAGUUCCCCGAUUCCUGUCAGGAAUUGCAACCGCUUUCCGGGGGAGAGGCACUGAAGGACAAGUUGCCAUGUCUCUUGUCAUCCAUAAUUUUAAUAACGACACCUAUCUCUUUGCCCUCAGUCGCGAGGGAAACGUAAGAAUGUGGUCAUGCAACAAGAACCAGUGCGUGGCUGUCACUGAUGUAGCCAUUGACAAUUGUUUGGCUUCUCAGGGUACUCAUGGACACAUGCUGAGAAAAGUGCUGGGGAAUGACAGUGAGCUCUAUCUAGGUGUAUAUUUGAAGUUCGUAAAUGGCUGUGAGUUUACUAUUUUGAAGCCAGUGGAGGAUGCUGGCCUGUUCAAAUUCAUCAGGGUGUGCACACUCUUUGCUCCUGAUCAACACUUAGUUGAUUUUGAAUUUACAACAACGAGAUUGUGGGCGGUUUGGAGAAUCACCGAGAUGGACAAGGUUGCUGUUACUCACGCUCAACUACCUUUGAAUGGAGCACAGGUGAAUUCCGAUUGGGAAACAGCAGUACUGGAGCAGCCUCCUGACCGGGACUACAUUCUGACAGAUGCAGGCACAGACCCUCGUCAGUCCUACAUAAACUACAUCUUUCAUCCUGGUCAAUUCUCCUUAGCUGACAUUACACGGGCUCUCAGUAUCUAUCGCAGAUCGAAUCUUCUCUCAGACAUCACCCUCUCCCCAGCAGUUCUCAAGGAACGAGUCUGCAUGGCUGUUGAGGUUGAGAUUCAGUCCGAAGUCAUGGACUACGAAAUGACAGAUGAGGAUUAUUUGGAAAUUGCCAAUAGGUGUUGGUGGAGGUUCUACUCUUGUGUCAUUCAAUACCAUAUUAAUGGUAGCAGACCCAUCGGCUUACUUCUACUUCCGUCAGUUUAUGGAGCUGCGCUAUUAAAGAAAUCGUCCUUUUCUCUGUUGCGACCAAUGGAAGCCCUGGAACAUCUGAUGCUGUCCAACGAGAAAUGUUAUGCUUCAAAAUUUAAGACAACUCCCAUUCUCUCUCACGAUGAAGAUACGUGUCAAGAUCUUAUUUAUUUGAUGAGCGCUCUUGGAAUGCUGGAGGAACAACUGUCGGAAGAAGUGAAGACGGGAAUUGAAAAGGAUUUGUAUCAUCUGAAAAGUCCAGAUAUCGUGAUUGAGGAGUUAUUGUCAAGGCUGUCAUUGGAGCCUGACGAUCCUUUCUCAGAUUAUAACUUUCAAAUGGAGCUACACAAUAAGCUGGACAAUAUCAAAGACCCAUCAGCUGCAAUGGCGAUGUUAUUGGAGGCUCUGACAUAUGAUCUUGGACAGCCUGAUAAAAUGAAAGUCGAUAGUGAACCUGAGAGAUCCAGGUUAAUGCUAAACUUUGGGCAUUUAUUCUCGAGUCAACUGGGUAUUUCUACGAUUGCUGAGAGUGUAGCACAGAUUGCAUUAGUGAGAUUUUCCAUUUGCAGGGAUCUAUUAAUUCUGCAGAGAAUUAUUUUGAGCAGGCCCGAGGUGUUUGACUCAAGAAUGCUGCAUUCAAUAAAAUCAUCUCUUGCACCACGAACUGUAGUAUUAACACAAGCUUAUUAUGUUGUCACCUGGAUCAGUGAGACCACAAUAUCAUCAACACCUCCACAAGCACUACUGGAAACGAGUAUGCAGCGUCUGGGUACAUUGAGGCUCAUAGACACGAGGGGAAGUACGAGUAGACAGCAGCGUACGAUGAGUUUAUUGGAGUUGUUCAUCCAGAAUGGCGGGGCAAAGCACGCUCACACUCUGAUGGCUAGCACUCUUGUCCUUUCUCCCACAUCAGUUGUUCCCUGGCACUGCGGUCUCCUCACGCAAGUGACCCUCGUUGCCCAGCUGGUCUGGCCGAUUUCCGGCAACUUCAUCUUUCCAGAGUGGCUUCUCUCCUCCUGUCAAUUUCUACUCGUUCAAGCCUAUGUCAGAUUGCUGUCGACCUGGUGCGAAUGGAAUUCUGCCUCUCGACGGUUCAUUCUGGCUAUUGCUCUCUUGGAAAUGGGGGAAACAUUUAAAGCCUGCGACAAUUUACUGAGGGCUUCCAGUGGCAUUCUCACUGAUAAUUUCCUUGUCUCCACACUGCUGGACUCACCUAUGCCAACGGAAUCUCAGGCCCUCGUCUGCUAUUACUUGAAAGCUAUAGAACUCUUCUCUCAGCAUAACGCCUCCGACUGCAUUAUUGAAUUGGCAGAAGCUGCUAUCACAGUUGCCAGUAAGGAGGAUCCGAACCUUCCAACUCUUCAUUCCAUCAUCUUCACUCAACAUCUCAACCUUGGUCAUCACACUGAAGCCUAUCACUGCCUAAAUUCUAAUCCAGAUGCCGCCAGACGUAGUGAUUGCCUUCGUCAGCUUGUUGUGACUCUCUUUGAAAGGAAAAAACUCAUCGAUCUUAUCUCGUUUCCCUAUGUUGACAUGUACGAAGACCUCGAGAGAAUUGUCAUGGGUCGAGCCAGAAGUGUCGAUCUGAUGGAAAACAAUUACUACAAUUUUUUGUACAGCUUUCACAUUAAUAAAGGUAACAUGAGGAAAGCAGCUUCUGUUAUGUACGAACAGGCGUUGCGACUGGGUCAGGAGUCUCACUCGGUUGAAAUCAUCUCCAAGCAAGCUCAAUGCCUGCUAGCUUGUAUAAAUGCCCUCAGUCUUGUCAGUGAAAAAUAUAGGUGGAUCGUAAGACCUGUCGUGGAGCAGUGUUAUCCAGAAGAAAUCAAACCCAAAAAGAAGAGGAGUGUUGAUGGCAAAGAAGUCCUACAUUACAAGGUGAAGAAAUUUGUUGAAGUACUAGAAAUCAAGGAUAUUCAGAAGGAAUAUUGGUUAGUUGAUGCCAGAUUGGAAUUAUCCAAGAUGAAUUCAGAAAUACAUACAGUGGCACGAGCUGAACCAUCAGAAUUAAUAGCAGUUCUAGCUAAUAUCGGAUUGUACACAACUGCUCUCCACCUUUGCAAAGAGUUCGGAAUUUCCAAGACAUCUGUACUGGAAACACUGGCUUCGCAGUGUCUCAGGUUAAGUCAGAGUGAGGAUAAUGAUGCCUGGGAUUGGUUAAUUCAGAACGAUGUGUAUGAUAUUGUUGGAUGUGGCAGUAAUGUUGCUGAUGUCUCUUGGAGACUUUUGGAACGAUUGACGCUGGAUAAUGAAGAGGAGGACAGCAGUGAAUUGCACAAGGCAGUGGGGAAACAACUUUUACAUUUGGGGGCUUUUCUACCCCAGUGGCUGAUGGGGUCGUACAAAAAGAGGAAUGCCGCUGAAUUAUUGAGGAUUAUCCUUGCAAGUGGGAGACUCCUAGAAGCUUGCGAUCUUGCUGUAGAUUAUAUCAACGCUGUCCUCGGAGAGGGUAUGGAGUACUUUGGGCUACAGCAGCCUAUUGUGGCAACGGGCGCCCCUGUCUGGUUGCCACUUAACACUGUCGAAUUGCUUUUGAAGGAAUUUGAACAUGCAAAGAUGGAAGAUAACGUUUAUGUUGAGAGCUACGAAAGGCUGAAGAGAGCACUUAAUCAGUAUGUCGAAACAGUGGUGAGAGUUUCUGACGAUAUGGUGCGAUUCAAAGUCAGUAAAUUGGCAAUUAAACACAAGGAUACUUGACGGCCGUAAUUCCUGCAGACUUCGGUAAAAAAAACCUCUUGUUAAAUAUGAAUAAAUAAUUUCCAAUGAAAGUCAAAACUUAUGUGUUAAAAAUUAUUUUUUUUCCGUUAAGUAAUAUGAACUUCAAUUGUAAAUGUUUGUUUUUUUUAUUUCAUACACAUUACAAUAGCAUUUACAUACAAUGUUGAAACACUCCUCACUUAAUUUUGUAUUCACAGGAAAUGGAAAAGUUCCACACAUAUACAAUUUUCAAAUGAACUUCUUCUCUCUCAGAGAUUAGAUUUCGAAAAAAUGAGAUAAACUUGAAACUUGAAUGUCACUGGUAAUUGAAUCGACGAUAUGGAACAUGCAAGAUGCUAGGCUGGUGGAAACCAAAAAAUCACUGUUGACAAUUUGUUGUUUGAUAGAACAUGGCGAAACUUAUUUAUAAA